AAGACAGAGAGAAGGGGAUGAGAGAGCAGGACAGAGAGAAAGAGAGAAGGGGGAGAGAAGGAAACGAAUAGAGUGACAAAGAGAGAGACGGGGGGGUGGUUGUUUGGUAAACAGGGUUCAGUGGGCAACUAGGUUGUAGGAUGGAGAGGAUGCAUGAAUGUGGUGGAGAGUGAACUCCAUCUAUCUAUCUGUUCUCUGGAGAAGCCCCACAUGUUGAUCUGAUCUACCUGGAUGGAUAAAUGGAUGGAUACAGGAUGUCCUGGUGCUGAAGCAGUAACCAUAGUAACAUGACCCUAAACAAACCGAGAGAGAAGGAGCCCCUUCAACGCCGCUCCAGCCCCGCCCUCCUUGGAGCGCGAAGCUCCGCCCCUCACCCUGACCCCACCCCCCAACGAGGCCACGCCUCCCAGCGAGGCCACGCCCCCCUGGGCCUCUCGUCGUCCUAUCAACUGGGAGACACAGUGCACUGGGACCGGUGGCUCUGUGACGAAGGAAACAGUUACAAAGACUUCCUGUAUCGCGUGCUGUUGCUAGGAGACCAUGGCGUCGGGAAGAGCAGUCUGGCCGGAAUAUUCGGCGGAGUCUCAAAUAGGGAGGAGUCGCCCGGGGUCGACCACUAUGAAAGAACACUGACAGUCGACGGAGAAGAGACAACACUGGUCGUCAUGGAUACGUGGGAACCGGACAAACUGGAGGAAGAGGAUGUGAUGAAGAAGGCCAGUGCGUAUCUUAUCGUCUACUCCAUCACCGAUCGCUCUAGUUUUGAGUCCGCCUCCGAGCUGCGGAUCCGACUCCGUAGAUUACGACAGGCCGACGACAUCCCCAUCAUCCUGGUGGGAAACAAGUCGGACCUGGUCCGGUCCAGAGACAUCUCUAUAGAAGAAGGCCGUGCGUGUGCGGUCAUGUUCGACUGUAAGUUCAUAGAGACCUCGGCGUGUCUCCACCACCAAGUGGGCGAGCUGUUCCAGGGCGUGGUGCGACAGAUCCGCCUGAGGAGACGGCAUCCCCCCCCCCGCGACGGGGGCCCGGCGGGCCAGGGGCCCGGGGAUGGGGGCCAGGCCCGCUCAGGGCCCCCCCCCAUCAGCCUGGCGAAGAAGGCGCGUCGCUUCCUGGGGGGCCUGGCCGCCCGCAACAACCAGCACCUCGCUCUGAAGGCCCGCUCCAAGAGCUGCCACGACCUGUCUGUCCUCUGAGCCUGUCUCACCCUCCACAACCUUUCUGUCCUCCGAGCCUGUCUCACACUCCAUGGCUCUGAGCCUGUCUCACCCUCCAUUGCUCUGAGUCUGUCUCACCCUCCACGACCUGUCUCUCCUCUAAGCCUGUCUCACCCUCCACGACCUGUCCGUCCUCUGAGCCUGUCUCACCCUCCACGACCCGUCUGUCCUCCGAGCCUGUGUCACCCUCCACGACCCGUCUGUCCUCCGAGCCUGUGUCACCCUCCACGACCUGUCUUUCCUUUGAGCCUGUCUUACCCUCCACAUACCUGUCUGUCCUCUGAGCCUGUCUCACCCUCCACAUACCUGUCUCACCCUCCACAACCUGUCUGUCCUCUGAGCCUGUCUCACCAUCCACAUACCUGUCUCACUCUCCACAUACCCGUCUGUCCUCUGAGCCUGUCUCACCCUCCACAUACCUGUCUCACUCUCCACAUACCCGUCUUUCCUCUGAGCCUGUCUCACCAUCCACAUACCUAUCUCACUCACCACAUACCUGUCUGACAUUUUAGCCUGUCUCACUUUCCAUAUACCUCUCUGAUAUCUCAACCUGUCUCACUCUCCACAGCAAAUACCUGUCUGUCCCCUGAACUUUUCUCAAUGCCCAGCAACCUGUUUCCCUCUCUGGGCUCUCUGAUGUUAGUUUGAAACUGAGACUGGGUUGUGACACACACACACACACACAAACACACACACACACACACACACACACACACACACACACACA